AUGUGGCAAAUUCAGAUAUCGGGGAAAAGUUCGGCGAUCUGGGCGGUGGAGAUGGAAUCGGAGCCAGCGAAAGUGGUGUCAUUCCAUACUGAAAACGAGGCAAUCAGCAUCACCGCGCCGGUUCUUGGAGUACAAAUAUCAGGGAAAAGUUCGGCGAUCUGGGCGGUGGAGAUGGAACCGGAGCCAGCGAAAGUGGUGUUGCCGUUGGAGGGGGGUGAGGCGGUGGUGGCUGGAGGGAUGGAUGAGGAGGCGAUGAAGGUGUCGAGGGCACAGCGGCUAAUCUCGAUGAUCACUGCGACGCAGGCAAACCCUAACCCUAGACUCAUCCAUGCCCUCGUCUCCAUGUUUGAGGCGGAGGAAUCCAGAUAUAUGCAGCAAUCUUGUAGCUUGUCUCUCAAUAAUGGCCGGCCAUCUCACCUUAUUCAAAAAUUGCAAACCUUAGUGAGCGAAACCAACGAAUUCUAUGAGUUGAUAUCAUCUAAGUUCCUAUAUGAAAUUAGAUACUCUACUAGUGUUCAAGCAGCUUCUGCAAUGCUUCUUCUGAGCUGUUUUUCAACCUGGAUUAUACCUCUUAUUUUCGAUGAUACUGUUCUGGAAAAUGUCAAAAGAUGGAUAAUGGAGGAACCUGUGGAAGUAUUUGGUGAUUCUUCCCAUUGUGAGUGUGAAUCUGCGAGGAUAAAACCAACAGAUGCGGAAUUGCUUCAGACUUAUGCAACUGGGCUUCUUGCUCUCUCCUUGGCUUGGGGUACCCAAAUUGUAGAUGAUUUGUUGACAGCAGGUUUUUCUGCUAAGCUUAUGCAUUAUUUGCGUAUCCGCAUCUUUGGGGAUGCUGGCACUGGUCAGAUAUAUGAAAUUGCUCCCAAUGUUUGGAAAGCUAUAAAUGAUCAAGAUGCUGCAGUUUUAGCUGCUUCUAAAGCUGCAUCUGCUGUUGUGGAUGCAGCAAAAGCCACUGAAAAUUUUAGAAAUUCCCUCAAAGCAAACAAAGUUUUGGACAAUCUAAAGCCUGUGGAACCUGCGACUGAUGAUCUUUUGGAAGACUAUUUUGUUUUGGAUGAUGAGUCUCUUGCACGACUUAGAGAAAAAUAUUGCAUUCAGUGUCUUGAAAUUUUAGGGCAGCAUGUUGAAGCGUCAUCGGUCUUAGUUACAAUUAGUUCGUCACAGGUUGCCAUGGAAAAUCUUUGUCUUUCUGAUGAUGUGCAUCAGGUCGUUGGGUUAGCUCGUCAACUACAAGGCUGUCCUCAAGAUCAAGCCAGAAUAAAUGCAGCGGUCUUCUUUGCUAAAGCAUUUGUGUUUAUAGCUGUCCUGGAUUCUUUUGACUCACAGGGAGGCUUGUAAGAAAUGUUAUCUCAUUUACAUCAUGCCACAUCUGUUAGGUCAGGCGGGAACUUUGGAGCAUCAGGAGCUUAUAUUGCAAAUCUUAGAAAUGGUCAAUCACCAGCAGAAGUUCUGACUGCAACAGAAAAGAAAAUUGCUUAUCAUUCUUGUUUUGCGCUGCGCCAGUACUUUAGAGCUCAUCUGCUUUUACAUGUGGACUCAUUUUGUCCAAAUAAAGGGAACUGGGGAAUAUCCCAAAUUACUAGUGCCCGAGAUGGAUUGGAGCCAUUGGACAUAAGCAAAGAAGUUUUGGGUACAUUGUUUGUUGAAAUUCAAUUUAACAGCAAACUUGGGCCUGCUUUAGUGAGAGCUCAGUGGUCCGUUGUGGAUAAGUUUUUAGCUUCCAAUGGCCAUAUAAUUAUGUUGGAGUUGUGUCAGGUUAUUCCUGUCGACGGCUACCUGCAUGAAUUGGCACUAUAUGCACUUGGUAUUCUUCAUAUUGUCACAUUUGUACCAUCUAGUAGGAAGUUAAUUGUAAAUGCCUUGUUGAGCGAUGACCGUGUAGGUAUGGCAGUAAUUUUAGAUGCAGCAAGUGGCGCUAGAUAUGCUGAUCCUAAGGCAGCAUACCUAGCCUUGAAUGUGUUGGUAAAUCUUGUAUGCCCUCCGCCUUCAAUCAGUAACAAACCAUCUGCAACCAUUCAAAGUCAACAAUCUAUUUCAUUGUGCACAGCAAUUGGUGCUGGUGCAGGUAUUAGAGAUGGCAAUGGGGAGUCUAACCUGAUUGAAAGGGGUGGGUUGACUCUAUUUCCUGGAGGAUGUUCACAAACGGCAAUGCCAGGUAUGCCCACUGGAGUUGUUGGGUGUUGUAGAAUAUCUUUGGGGCCUGGAGCUGGCUGUGCAGGCCUUGCUGCUCAGCUGGAACAGGGAUACCGUCAGGCAUGGGAAGCAGUUCAAGCAAACAAUGGUAUAAAGGUUCUUCUUCAAUUUUUUCGUUCCACAGUGAUAAGUCCUGACAUUCUUGAUACUUUCCAAGCUCUUGCAUGUGGGGUCUGGUUGGGUCUAGCAAGAGAGGAUGUGAUUGCACACAUAUUGCCCAAGCGCCAGGUUUCUUUCGAAUGGCCAUCGGGUCGAUUAGGUGGGUUUCUUUUGAAUGCACCAAAACCAAACUCACGAGAUGAGAAUGUUGGCCUAAGGUCCAAUCUAGUUUCCAAUUCCUUUAAGAAGUCCUUAUCUUUGUCAUCUAGUUUGUCACAAUUAAAAAGCCACCCUCUAUCGCUUACUGCAAGUAAACCAUCUAGCACUAUCAAUGGCCCAUUUGUUGGGGGAUCGGAAAUUCCUCCUAUAUCUGCUCUCAUGUCUACUUUAGAUGUUGACCAGACACUCAAAUCUCCAAUUAGUCUGCCGAGGAAACACAAACUGAUGGAGUUGAAGGAUAUUGGUCCUGCCUCUCCAUCCAAACAACAAACUACUGUUGACAGUGUAACUCAGUCUCCAAUCUGCCGAACACAAAUUAUUGGUUGUAAAAAUCAGAUGUUGGAUUAUAGAGUGCAGUCUCCUAGUCUAAAUCUUUCUCUGCAAGAUUCUCAAUCCUGUACAAAAUCUAGUGAUUUUGUGGAUCACUCUGAUAAAACCUUGUGUGCUAGUACUUUCCAAUCUUUGAUGACACCUGAUGCCCAGAUUGGUCUUCAUGCUGAUCCUCAGCCUGGAGAUGUAGAGCGAAUGACACUUGAUAGUUUAGUUGUCCAACACUUGAAGCACCAACAUAGGCAAUGUCCAGCUCCAAUAACCACACUGUCUUCUAAAGCUAGGCUUAGUCUGAAUGCUCCUGCAAAUGUGACAUUACGAGUUAGUUCACGUGAAUUUCUGAAAGAAUAUGGGCAGAAUCAUGCCCGUCGGAGGGAUCGUAAGUUUGUCUACAGCAGAUUCAAGCCAUUUCGUGCUUUCGAAGGUCAAUCAUGCAUUACCUUUGUGGGUGACUCUUCUCGUAUAGCUACUGGUACCCGUGAGGGGCAUCUAAAUAUUUUUGAUACCUAUAAUGGCAAUUUGCUGGAAAGUUAUAAUUUGGAUACCUAUAAUAGCAAUUUCCUGGGUGAUCACGCAAGUGCUGGAUCAUCACACGUCAUAAGUAUUCGAUCAGCCUUUUCUGGUGGAAGGCAGCUUAUUCUUGCCUGUGGUUCAACGUGGGUUAACUUUUAUAUAGACUUGUUUGCUGCAUCCUCGAUCUUGAGUGGACCUCUACAUAGAUUUGAUAAAUGCACGACGGGUAAUCUAGAGCGGAGGUUCUUUGACCGUUUUUACAAUUUUUUUAAUUCUCCCGAACAUGUACAUUUCAACCCUUCAGAUACAAUGUUGCUUUGCAAUGGGAUCUUGUGGGAUCGACGAAGUUCAGGCUGUGUUCAUCUGUUUGACCGGGUGACGGUCUUUGGAGGAGGUCGCUUUCAUCCUGCUGGAAAUGAGGUUAUUUUGAGAUCUGAAGUCUGGGAUGUUCGGAAAUUCAAGCUUCUUCGAAGUGUGCCAUCCCUGGACCAGACUGUGAUCACCUUCAACUCAACGGGGGAUGUGAUAUAUGCAAUCCUAAUCAUUGAUGGUGGUUGUAUCCUUGAUCUGUCAAUGGAACCUAAUGAUUCCUUUGUUGGGAUUGCCACCAGGCAACACGGUGACACGCCCUACACGGUGGCCAAGCUUUAUGAGAUUGGUUGUCGUCAACGAACUGCAGAUAAUUUGCCGGAGAAGUGGAAAAUGAAAACUAAUAUGUGGGAUGGAUGGAAAGAUGGCUCUGAAUGCAUCGGUACCGUUCAGUUCAGAGCCUUUGGGCAGCAUCAUAGUAUGAGCCUCACACAGUUUUCUAUUGGACUUGGGUUAUAUGAUGAGGAGUUCACUAGAACUGAAGAAUAUGAUGAGAUGUCGACUGACUAUUGUGGAGAUUUAACAUCCAGAAAGCGUACCGAAUAUUAUGUGGAAGUGGGCGAUACAAGCCAGGAGUAUCCAAGGCUACCUAUCUCUCUAGACCAAGCUAUAGAAAUCUUCACGCCAUCAUGA